AUGAUAAUACUGUCAUUUGAAAGUUCAGAGCGAUAUGCAUUACGGACAAGAGUGCUUGGCCAAGAGCGUGUACGUCAGUUCACGACAUCACUAGACGAGCUCGCAUCCCGGGUUCAAGCAGCGGAGGCUGCUCGGGCAACAUGGCGGGCACCUGGCGACGCCCGAGACGCUCGGACACAACUGGAUGCUGUGACCAGGGCGCGCGCGCAGAUUCCACCACUGCGAAGGCAGGUGGACGAGCUCCGUGCGCAGGCACAGCAGAUGGGCAGGGACAAUGUGCAAUUGCCUGAGCAUCUUGUUGCUAGGCUAGAGGAUUUAAACUCUAGGGUAUCAGCUCUAAGCUCGGGUGGCGAAGAGCGGGCUCGGCAGCUGGCGGGAGUAGCACGGGAUGGUGGUGCGGGUGCAGCUCAGGGCUUCCUUGCGGGCUCUGUUCGCCCGCCUUGGGAGAGAGCUGUUACGCCCGCCAAUGUACCAUAUUAUAUCAAUCAUGAACUAGAGACGACCCACUGGGACCAUCCCAAGAUGAUAGAACUAAUGAACUCGUUGGCUGAUCUCAACGAAGUGAGAUUCUCGGCGUAUCGCACUGCGCUCAAGCUGAGGACCGUGCAGAAGGCUUUAUGUAUGCACAUGCUACAGUUGCCAGCGGCGCUAGAAGCCUUCGACUCACACGGGCUGCGGGCGCAGAACGACCGCCUGAUUGAUAUACCUGAUAUGAUCACCGUACUUACAUCACUCUAUGAGACGAUUGCUGGCGAAAACCCAAGCGCUGUGAAUGUGCCGCUUUGUCUGGAUCUGUCGAUCAACUGGUUGCUCAACGUGUAUGACAGCCAGCGGACCGGGCAGAUCCGCGUGCUCAGCUUUAAAGUGGGGCUGGUAUUACUGUGCAAGGGACACCUAGAGGAGAAAUAUAGGUAUUUGUUCCGGUUAAUAGCUGACCCAUCGUGUCGCGCGGAUCAAAGGAAACUAGGACUCCUAUUACACGAUUGUAUACAGGUGCCUCGUCAGUUGGGCGAGGUAGCAGCAUUUGGAGGUUCCAAUAUAGAACCAUCUGUCAGGAGCUGCUUUGAACAGGCCUCGACUGCUGCUAAAGAAGGUGGCAAGGGAAGCACUCUUGACAGGAAGACCGUGGGUGAAAAAGAGAAAGAAAAAGAAGAUAAGGAGAAGAUCGUAGAGCGAGACGCUGAAGGUCAAGUCGCGUACAUCGAGGCAGUUCACUUCCUGCAAUGGUUGCAAAGAGAACCACAGUCCAUGGUGUGGCUGCCAGUUCUGCACCGCCUGGCUGCGGCUGAAGGGGCGAAGCACCAGGCCAAGUGUAAUAUAUGCAAGGACUAUCCCAUUGUGGGCUUUAGAUACCGUUGCCUAAAGUGCUUCAACUUUGACAUGUGUCAAAAGUGCUUCUUCAGCGGCAAGAAGGCGAAAAACCACAAACUCACGCAUCCUAUGCAAGAGUACUGCACUGCUACGACAUCUGGCGAGGACGUGCGUGACUUCACCCGAGCAUUGCGAAACAAAUUCAAGUCGGCACGGUACUUCAAGAAACAUCCGCGAGUUGGUUAUCUGCCCGUACAAACUGUAUUGGAAGGUGACGCGUUGGAGUCCCCAGCGCCGUCUCCGCAGCACGGAGCUGGUGGCGCGACGGGAGGUGACGACAUGCAUUCUCGCCUGGAACUUUACGCCUCGCGACUAGCACAGGUUGAGCUCGGCGCACGCGCAGCCGAUACGCCUGACAGUGAUGAAGAACAUCAGCUGAUAGCGCAGUACUGUGCUUCACUUAAUGGAGGAGCAGAGGGUGAAGAAGCGCCACGUUCACCAGUCCAUGUCGUCUCUGUAAUACACCGGGAACAGAGACACGAGCUGGAAGCUAUGAUCAGGGAGCUGGAAGAAGAGAACGCCAGCCUACAAGCGGAGUACGAACGAUUGAAGGCCAAGCAGACUCCUGGCUCUACGCCCGAAGACCAACUCGCUCUGAAUGAGAACAGGAACGCGCCUGUUGACCAGGACAUGAUGGCAGAGGCUCGCUUGCUUCGACAACAUAAGGGACGGCUGGAGGCGCGCAUGCAAAUCCUCGAGGAACACAACCGACAGCUGGAAGCUCAACUGCAAAGACUUAGGAGACUGCUGGACGAGCCAUCUUCGGGCUCGCCAGCGGGUCGUACAGGUACUUUGCAGACCCGCUCCGUGACCGCUUCACAGCUCGCUACGGACUCACCUGCCAAGAUGCACAACGGACUCUACCACGACGCACACACCAACGGCGUUUCUGCGGGCGAGCGUGAAUCCGGUGAUCGCCCCCCUCCGCCACCUCACGCCCUUCACUCGCUCAUGCAUUGCGCAGAUGACCUUGGCAAAGCAGUCGAAGAGUUAGUAUCGGUGAUGGCGGAGGAUCAACAAAAUCAGAACUCCCACGCGCCUCCCCGGUACACCAACGGAAAACCAGAGGAAAAAGAAUAA